UUUUUUCUUUCUUCUAUAAACUCAUUCCCCCCCCUUUUUUCUUUUUCACUGUUAUCAUUUAUGACUAUCAGGGGAAAGAAUUCUUUAGACUUUGAACCUACUUACUUUUCAAAAAUGGAUAGUGAUCUUUCCAAACGAUCUGGUGGUGGUGGUGGUUGGUCAUGGUUUCAAUUGAUCAGUUGUUGUUUUCUUGCUAUUCUUUUAUCUACUCAUUUUCAUUACAAGUUACCUGAACCAAAAACUCAUAGAGGUGUGGAUCCAAAUACUGGUCUUGUCGAAUUCUCUGAACGUAAUGCAAUAGAAACUAUUUCUUAUCUUAGUGAUACACUUGGAUAUCGUAUUGUUGGUACAGUAGAAGAAGCACAAUCCGCUGAUUAUUUAAAGAAUAUGAUUCUUGAUUAUAAACAAUCUUCAGCAAAUAUACCCGGUUCACCCAAGUUUGAUAUUUGGAUUCAACAAGAAACUGGAAGUCAUCGAUUUGAUAUUAUGGAUCAUAUGGUAUUAAAAGCUUAUACAAAUAUUACCAAUAUUAUUGUUCGAUUGUCAUGUCCUGAAUCUGAUGGUAUGUCUGGUGUUCGAUCUUGUGAAGAAAAUGCAAUUCUUGUCAAUUCCCAUUUUGAUACUACUCUGGGAUCUCCUGGUGCUACAGAUGAUGGAUCUGGUACAGCUGUCAUGUUGGAUAUCAUUCGUGUUCUCAGUCAACGUGAUUGGACCGGUUACAAAAAUUCUAUUGUGUUUUUAUUCAAUGGUGCUGAAGAAACCCUUCAAGAUGCUUCCCAUGCCUUUAUUACAAUGCAUGAUUUAAGAGAUACGAUCAAAUCUGUUGUGAACAUUGACGCAUGCGGUACAACUGGACGUGAAAUCUUAUUUCAAGCAAAUUCAAGGGAAAUGAUUGAAGCUUACAAACAAGCACCUUAUCCUCACGGAACUGUUUUGGCAAAUGAUGUAUUUCGUACUGGAUUGAUUUUAUCUGAUACUGAUUUUCGACAGUUUGUUCAAUAUGGAAACUUGACAGGUAUUGAUAUGGCUAUUUACAAGAACUCUUAUCUUUAUCAUACCCAUUUGGAUAUAACCAAGCAUCUUCAACCUGGAUCAAUUCAACAUCUUGGAGAAAAUACUUUGGCUAUAAUAGAUCAUUUGGCAAAAAAUACUUCUUUGAUUGGUAUCGUCCCUACUAGCGAAAUUGUCUUUUUUGACAUUCAUGGAAUGUUUUUCUUGGUAUAUUCUUGGGCAACAGCAUAUCGAAUCCAAAUGGCGACUGUCCUUAUGGCUUAUACAUUUGUUGGUUAUAUUAUUUAUAUCUCUAACCGAUCUACUCCCUAUCGUCCUAUUAAUGUGCUUGUGUUGUCCUAUAUUCGAUCAACGAUCUCCGUAUGGAUCAGUGCCAUUGCAGCUAUCCUUCUUCCUAUCACUGUGGCUGUCUUUUUGACAUCUGGAUUUAUCAAUAGGCAUAUGGCUUGGUUUUCUCAUGAAUGGUAUGGUAUCCUUAUAUUUACUCCUAUGGGUCUUUUAGGUGCUUAUGGUGUCCAAUAUCUCUCUUAUUCUCUCCCUGGUCCUCUUCAUGUGGAUAUGGAAUAUGGAUUAUUUAACUCGCUCGUUGUUGCCUUCGCUAGUAUGACCUUUUUAACAACCAUGACCGGUGUAGCGAGUUCUUAUGUAUUCUGGGUGUAUAGUGUGAUUCUUCUCCUAUCUGCUAUGAUCAAUGAAUUCUUCUUCAAACCUACCAAAAAUAUCAAGUCAUUAGUUACUCAACCCAAGAUUCAUAUGUGGACUUAUGCUAUUGCAACAUUCCUUUUGGCUUUUAUCUAUAGCGAUAAUGUAUUCGCACUGAUUGAUAUCUUUGUACCAUUGACCGGUCGUAUGGGUGUAGAUACUCCUGUGGAUAUCAUCAUCUCUAUUAUCUUUGGUUCUAUUUCAUUUAUGGGAUGUUUACCCUCUCUGGCUCAUGUACAUCGAUUUGGAAAACGAUUUUUGGCCAAGAUCUUGGUUUGGAUUAUGCUUGCUCAAACUGCCAUUCUUUUAUCAGUUAUGGUCUAUGGUGGAUCUCCUGGUGGAUGGGCUUUCCCUUAUGAUGAAAUGCAUCCCAAGCGAUUAUUUAUUCAACAUUUGAAAAAUUUGACAUCUGGAGAAGCAUAUAUUGCGAUUGCUGAAGCUGAUCAUGGACCUUAUAUCAAUACAGUAUUAGAUUCUUUACAAACUGAAUUGAAUGUGACAUCUGAAAAGCGUACGGGAAUAGACGGAAUGAGGGAUUGGGACUCUGUAUAUCCAUUCAGUCAUUUCCUAGGUGGUUAUCGUUUCAAUACUGAACCUUAUAUUCGAAAACAUUCAAACGAUCCGAAGGUAAAACAAGCUAUCAAUCUUGCUGAACAAUUCCCUGGACCCUUCCCUACUUUGACAGUACAUAACGAUACAUAUGAUCCUGCAACUGGUAUUCGCUCCUUCUCUAUCUAUAGUAUGGCACCUUCUUAUACAUGGACGGUGAUUUCUUUUGAUGGACAUGUGGUUGAUUGGAGUAUCCAAAAUGAAACACCUUUGUCAAAACCCUCUCAUUAUGUCGUACGUCAUGUCACUGGCUUUGGCAACGAUGGAUGGAAAUUGGAUUUAUCGAUCAAGGUACCAGAAACAGAUCAAGCACUUGCAGCAGUUGGGAAAUGGAAAAUGCGAUUUGAAUUUACAGCUUUGGAAAAAGAAGGAUUUGCUGGUCGAGGUGAAGAACGAUUGAUUGGUGGUGUCGGUAUGCUUGGGGUUAUUCAACGUAUUUUACCUAUCUGGACAACAACCACUUGGCUCAGCUCUGCCGUACAAGAAUGGGAAUUAUAGAUUAAGUUAUAGUUUAUUAGCAUUUAGUAUUCUUCGUUAUUUUAUAGAACAAUAUUAUUAUCAUCAAUCGAUCAAUCAAUCAUUAUCAUUAUCAUCAUCAUCAUCAAUAGUAUACUGAUAUAUUUUAUAUAAAUCUUUCCAUACAGUCAAUAUAUACUAUUUAAACCAUUUGAAAUAAACAUUUAUUCCAUUAUUAUUAUCGAA